AUGGCUUUGGCUGAUCACAGAAGCUUGCAGGGAGAAUUGGGCUCUCAUUUGGUUGUAGUUGCGGAAGCUCUUGCGCGACAGGAUACUGCUACAAAGAACGGACCUAUUGCGGCGACAAUAUUUGGCUGGGCCAACCAGUUGACAGCACGCUGUGUCAAAGCGCGUGAAACAAGCGGCGCGGAGAACGAUUUUGGGAGUCAAUUGUCAGAGAAGAUUCGUGAAUCGCUUCAUCGCAUCCCUCUUGAUGUCACUGCCUUUCAGGGAUUGUUGCUUCCAAAAAAGGACUUUGCGCGCCUAGCCACUGCUGGAGCGAACGCAGCCGCGCUGCUCGCUCUGAAAACCACCGAGUGCACUCUGUCCUGG